CUUUCUUAUCCACCAACACGCGAUGCAUAAGGAGCCCAUACCUCUAGAUGAUCCUUCAGCCUUCUAUAACGAUACUUCAUACGAAAAAGACUAGAAAACCAGCGAAGGGGAUACAGAGUCGAGAGGAAAAGCUCGAGAAAUUUAUCGCGAAUGCUAGAGAAGCUCUCAUCCAGCUCGUCAAUAAUCAUUGGGAACGGCUUGCUAGUGGUCUAAAGGUGUAAGAACUCCAAGGCAUCCCUUUCAGUAGCGACAAGCGGAUACAGCGAGUUUACCAUCAUUACGAGCUCCGAAGGCUUAGACUUGAAACAGAGCUGCAUUGGUUGCGGCGGGCACUGUCGUUGAUCAGGAACCUCCGCGACUUCUAGGAGUAUUUGGAGAGAACGGCCAUCGUCCUUCAGACACCUCAAAUCAUUGACUCCGCCAUGCCUACUUGGUAUAUAUAUAUGCUGCUGGCUUCCGUUCAUCCGCCUCGAACAUGUGCGAUGUCAAGACGGCUUUUAAGGAAGAUCUCCGAUACGCUGUCCGCCGGAUGAUCUUUAUUAACGCCUUAGGUCUCGGUGCUGUCCUUGUCUGCGGUGAAGCCAUUGCGAAACUCGUGUGCGCAAGCCCUGCAGUGGCUUUCUCUCUUUGCUGACUCUGCAUAGGUACAAGACCUCGGGGAACAACCAUGAUGACCUCGACUGGCUAGCUACCCAAAUCUGGCAGUGUCGCACAAUUGAUUUCCGGGCCCUCUGUAGCAUCUUCAAUAUAGUAAUUGUUGAUCUCCUACAGCACUACCAAGUAAAGGAUCCUCUUAACUAGUUCAAACUCAUAGCGAAGAUCUAGACCAUCGCUGGCAGGUCUACAACAAGGAGGCAUUAUCAGCCAGAUUGAUUCAAGAUCAUAAGGGAUUAUAUAACAAUGCUUGCCAGACUUCGACCUUGUCUCCACCCUCUCAGUCGAAGAAGGGCGGGGGUAUACCAUCUCGCACUCCGUGCCUUUGCCCUGGCGGAGAAAGAUACUAGACAGAAAGCCUUGGCAGUUGCCCUAUCCUGAACCCUCCUAAGGAUUUGACUUGUAUUCCCUUUGGGCAAGGUGACGGUGCAGGACAGCGAACAGGGCAUAAACCAACGAGCAAGACAUGUCACAACAGGAGCGAUCAAUAGAGAUGGGAUAAUAUAUAUCGUGACAUACAACCUUUGAUUUCUUAUUCAUUGUAGUAUAGUAGCUUUGUAUUUAAAUUCUG